UCAUGGGGCCCCCGGGCAAUAGGGGAUCAUGGGGCCCCUGUGUCCUUGCCCAAACUCAAAAAAGCCUAUGGUAAAGGUACCAGGGGCAUCUCAUGGGGCCCCUUACUGACCCCGGGCCCUCGGGCAGUGCCCAAGUUUCCAAAUGGUCAGUCCGCCCCUGCUCAGUAACCAAAAUUUAUUGAAUACAAAAUGAUUUCAAAAGUAAUUCAAGCAUGUAAGUCCUCAAGGAACUUGAAAGUUAGGAAGCCUGCGCGAGUCCCAUCAUAGGGGUAGACACUCAGAGUACAGUUGACGCCCCAAGACAAUACAAAGAAAA